UUUUUAACGGUUCCAAUUACAGAUGCCAGCAUCUCUCACUCUGCCAUUCCUACGCUACCAUCAGAUUCCAAUUCCAUCACCUUUCCACCUCACUCGCUGCUCCGCCACCACCACCACCACCACCGCCGCCGCCUUUUCUCAGAUUGAAUCCACCCUUAGAAAAACAAUGGAUCGUCUGGCUGAGAAUGCGCGCCUCAUGAUUGUGUCAGAUCUUGAUCACACAAUGGUUGACCACCACGAUGCCGAGAAUCUCUCCAUCCUUAGAUUCAAUGCCUUGUGGGAAGCAAAUUACCGUGAUAAUUCUUUGUUAGUUUUCUCAACUGGGAGGUCUCCCACACUGUACAAGGAGUUAAGGAAAGAGAAGCCCAUGCUAACCCCUGAUAUCACAAUAAUGUCUGUGGGAACCGAAAUAACUUAUGGUAACUCUAUGGUACCCGAUGAUGGCUGGGUUGAAGUCUUGAAUCAGAAUUGGGACAGAAACAUAGUAUCCGAAGAGGCAAAGAAGUUUACUGAACUUACUCUUCAGUCUGAGACGGAGCAACGACCGCACAAAAUAAGCUUUUAUGUCCAGAAAGACAAGGCCGAAGACAUUAUGAAAUCUCUUUCGACGCGCUUGAAAGAGCGCGGGUUGGCUGCGAAAAUAAUAUACAGCGGAGGAAUGGACUUAGAUAUUUUGCCACAAGGUGCUGGAAAAGGGCAAGCACUUGCUUAUUUGCAUAAAAAGUUCAAGGCCGAGGGUAAAUUACCUAAAAACACACUUGUCUGCGGCGACUCGGGAAAUGAUGCCGAGUUAUUUACUAUUCCAGAUGUGUAUGGUGUCAUGGUUAGUAAUGCCCAGGAAGAAUUAUUGCAGUGGCAUGCUGCAAAUGCAAAAGAUAAUCCUAAAAUAAUUCAUGCAACAGAGAGAUGUGCAGCGGGUAUUAUACAAGCCAUCGGUCACUUUAACUUGGGUCCAAGUACAUCUCCGAGAGAUGUUAUGGACUUGUCUGACACUAAGAUGGAGAAUUUCGAUCCCGCGUAUGAAGUUGUGAAAUUUUACAUGUUUUACGAGAGGUGGAGGCGUGGCGAAGUUCAAAAUUCUGAGCUUUAUUUGGCGAAUCUGAAAUCUGUUUGUUGUUCGUCUGGAAGUUUCGUUCAUCCUACUGGAAUUGAACAACCACUUCACGACUGUGUAAACUCACUGAGAACAUGUUACGGAGACAAGCAAGGGGAACAAUUUCGCGUAUGGGUCGAUCAGGUUUUACCUGCACAGAUUGGUUCAGACUCGUGGCUCGUCCAAUUCAAGAAGUGGGAGCAAUCUGGUGAAGAAAAGCAAUCUUGUGUAGCAACUGCUGUGUUAAGUUCAAAAGAUGUAACUGUUGCAGAAGGGCUGACUUGGGUUCAUGUUCAUCAGACAUGGUUGAAUGGAGGAGGGCAAAACGGUCAAACAACAUGGUUGUUCUAGAAUGCCCAACCCCCUUGCUCUGGAAUCUCAUCAUUUGUUCUAUUAAAAUAAAAGCAAAAUGCUAUUACAUAAUGUUGUAGCUCUGAAUGCUGUUUAUUUCUCUUAUUGUUGAUUACUCAUAAGUCAUAAUUUCUCAUAUUUAAGGGAUACAUCUAAUAUUUUUUCGAUUAUUAUUAUAUGUACGACUACUAAGUCUAUGAGAUUCUACA